AGCUCCAAAACGAACUCACUCGAAUCUCUCUCUCUCUCUCUCUAUCAAUCUUCUUCUGUGUGUUUUGUACUGCUGCUGUUUCGUUACACGGAGCAAGCAGAGGCUCCACCAAUACAAGCCCCUGCUGCUGUUGCUGCUGCUACUGCACUGAGCUACCAGAAUUAGUACUACCCAAUCCAGAGCUGUGCCUGCUCUCCUGGGAACGCUUCUCCUGCCGCAACCAUUCCCUUUUGAGGUACCAAAAAGAGCUCAGUUUGCCCUUUGAACCUCUCCCUUCCGUCUCUCUUCCCCUCUCCUGCGCGUGGUGGAAUCCCGUAGGGGGUGAAAUGGUGUGAUCGUCCCUCAAAGGGUCGCGGCGGUGGGCGAAAGCAGAGCACAUGCCGAUUUAGACGGCCAGUGGAGUGAAGCGGAGUGAAGCUCGUGGUUUCGUUCCUCUGCCGCUGAGAGCGAUGGAGGCGACGCCUUCUUUGCCCGUAGUGCGCGGGGAGCACGUCGACGUGAUCCGGAAGCCCCUCUCGUCGCUGCCCGCGCCCCGCACCGUUCGCUUCUUCUGCGACGACUUCGACGCCACUGACUCCUCCGGCGACGAUGACGAGCCGCCUUGCCAGUCCCGCCGCGUCCGCCGCUACGUCCAGGAGAUACGGUUCGAGGCCCGGCCCUCCUCCGCCGGCAGGAGCAACAAGGGGAUGAAGGCCGUCCCCGCGAGGAAGAGGAAGGCCCCGGUCGCGGGCGAGGGCGCGGCGGGCGAAGGGGACGGGAGCGUGAAGCGGUUCCGCGGCGUCCGCCGGCGGCCAUGGGGGAAGUUCGCGGCGGAGAUCUGCGACCCCUGGCGCCGCGUCCGGGUGUGGCUCGGCACGUUCAACACCGCCGAGGAGGCCGCCAAGGUGUACGACUCUGCCGCCAUCCAGCUCCGCGGGCCCAGCGCCACCACUAACUUCUCCCGGCCCACCGCUGCCGCCGCCUCGCCACCCAAGAAGAACCGCUCCGACAACAACCUCGCCUCCGUCUCGGACGCGUGCGACUCCAGCGACGAGUCGCGCAACCUCUCCUCCCCGACCUCUGUCCUCCGCGGCUUCUCCUCCUCGUCCUCCUCCUCACCUUCCGCCACCUGCUUCAAGGAGGAAACCGACACGCCGACACCACCUAAGGCGCCAGACUCCGCCGGCACGAGGAGCUUACUGAAGGAGCUCGGCGACUUCCCGCCGUUCCAAGAGGUACCGGCGCUAUUCGACGAGUUCCUGGACACGUGGGAUUCGGAGCCGAGCUACUUCGGCGACUCCGCGCCGAUCGGCAACCUCGCCGAGGAGAUGACCGACGCCCUCAUCGGCCCGAAGCUGGACCUCGACUUCUUGUCGUCCACGUGGCAGAACGCCGACUAUUUCGAGGACAUCGGCGACUUAUUCCCGAUCGACGCUCUCCCCGCCCUCUAAUUUGGCGUCGUGGCUGUCAGCCGAAGGAACGCGGCUUCCCCCCUCCUUCUCGCAUCCGAUAUUUGCAGUUUUGCCCUCCAACGUGUCUCCGUCUGUUAACGGCGACGGAACGGAAUCCCGUGCGCUGUGGAAAUUUUCCUUCUCCUCUCUAAUUUAUAUUGUACAUGAGAGAGUUUGAAGCUGCCACGUUAAAAGGAGUACUUAAAGUGGGAUGUUUCGAGGACAGAAAGCUGGCUUUGGGUGGUGACCACACACACACACACUCUCUCUCUCUCUCUCUCUCUCUGUUUUUUGCUGCCAAAAGUGAAGCAUGGCCUGUGAAACUUCUCAUCUCUCUUUCAAAACGUAGCUUCUCUUUGUGUUUGUCGAUCGAUGCUCCUUUCCGAUGAGAUCA